AUGCAAGCCUUUGUGUGUUUAUGCUCCAUUGUUUCAGGACUGAGUGGAUCGGGCAAGACGACUCUUUGCUUCGCUGUAGAGCACCGACUUAUCCAAUUGGGCGUCUCGGCCUAUUCUCUGGAUGGUGACAACCUUCGAAUUGGGCUGAACAAAAAUCUCGGCUUCUCGCAGGCCGACCGUGAGGAAAAUAUUCGUCGUGUCGCUGAGGUUGCCAAACUUUUUGCUGACGCUGGAAUCUGUUGCCUGACCAGCUUUAUUAGUCCAUUCGCAAAGGUACGUCGUGAUGCGUAG